AUUCAGCAGGAAACCCAUGAUUUCCUGACAUACAGCAAACUGGAGAAAAUAAAGGGGUUGCAUGAAAUAAAAAGAACAAGAGACACAGGGAGAGAGAAGGAGGGAGUCCUUCCGUGAAUUUGUUCCAGUUUCCCCUUUCUCUUUGGAAAUGCGAUGGAGAAAUGGAAUGGAUUUAGCACGAAUCCCUGAUUUUUCGGGCCAAAACAGAGCAGAAGAACAGACAUUCAGCUCCUCCGAUUGCUGCUAUUUUUAAGCCGUGCGAAAUACCACCGUCUCUGUAUGCAAGAUGAAGAUUUCCUGACUCGAACUACGAAUGACACGCGUGUCGGUGGUCUAUUUAUUCCUUCACAUGGUUCUCUGCGGCUUGAAAAGGUCAAGUGUACAAACUGAAGUUAUGAUUUCCUGAUUGUCUGCCAUGCGGCAACCACAAUAGCAAUAACAACAACAAAAACAACUCAUUUAAGAAGAAGCCUGCUAUCGACCACUGAAAUUCUCCUUUGGGAUCUGUGCUCUUUCGGGUGUGCGUGCAAAAGCUGGAAGGAAAAAGAAGGAAAGCAGGAACCACCAGCAUGAGUGGCAAAGAAGAGCCCGGCUACUCAGAUAGCAGCGUGAAGAAGAUGCUCAAGUGUGUGGUGAUUGGUGACGGAGCUGUUGGGAAGACCUGCCUGCUGAUGAGUUACGCCAAUGAUGCGUUUCCAGAAGAAUAUGUACCAACAGUGUUUGACCACUAUGCAGUUACUGUGACAGUUGGAGGCAGGCAACAUUUGCUUGGACUUUAUGACACAGCAGGACAGGAGGACUACAAUCAACUGAGACCCCUCUCCUACCCCAACACAGAUGUGUUUUUGAUCUGUUUCUCUGUGGUAAACCCUGCUUCCUAUCACAAUGUCCAAGAGGAAUGGGUUCCAGAAUUGAAAGUCUGCAUGCCACAUGUGCCUUAUGUUCUGAUAGGAACACAGAUUGACCUUCGAGAUGACCCCAAAACUUUGGCUCGGUUAUUAUACAUGAAAGAGAAGCCCCUGACUUAUGAACAUGGCAUCAAAUUGGCCAAAGAG